GGACGGCGCAGGAGCCGCAGCCGCCGCCGGAGCAGCAGCCGAGGGGCCGGUGCCACCUUGCUCGCCCCCUCACUACCAUGUACAGUGUGCGCUGCAAGAAGAAGGCGGGCGAUGCAUGUACACCCCCGCGCCCCGCUCCCUCUAGCUGGUCCCCGGGAGUGCGCCACUGACCAGGGGGGGAUGUGGUGAAGACGGCGAGGAGGAGAGCUCCGGGGAGGGGGAGGGGAAGGCCGGCCGGCCGGCGCGAACCCCCCGGCCGGAGGGUGCGAGGAGCCAGAGGCGGCUGGAGGGGGCGGCGGCCGCUACGACUCGGGCUUUGGAGAAAGUUGCCCCCCGCUGCAGAUGGCAACUGAGGUAAAAUGCACACUUGCUGCCCCCCAGUAACUUUGGAACAGGACCUUCACAGAAAAAUGCAUAGCUGGAUGCUGCAGACUCUAGCAUUUGCUCUAACAUCUCUCGUCCUUUCGUGUGCAGAAACCAUCGAUUAUUAUGGGGAAAUCUGUGACAAUGCAUGUCCUUGUGAGGAAAAGGAUGGCAUUUUAACUGUGAGCUGUGAAAACCGGGGGAUCAUCAGCCUCUCUGAAAUCAGCCCUCCCCGUUUCCCAGUCUACCACCUCUUGUUGUCUGGAAACCUCUUGAACCGUCUCUAUCCCAAUGAGUUUGUCAAUUACACUGGGGCUUCAAUUUUGCACCUGGGAAGCAAUGUUAUCCAGGACAUAGAGACUGGGGCUUUCCAUGGAUUGCGGGGUUUAAGGAGGCUGCAUCUGAACAAUAAUAAACUGGAACUUCUGCGGGAUGAUACCUUCCUUGGCUUAGAGAGCCUGGAGUACCUACAGGUCGAUUACAAUUACAUCAGUGUCAUUGAACCCAAUGCUUUUGGGAAACUGCAUUUGUUGCAGGUGCUUAUCCUCAAUGACAAUCUCUUGUCCAGUUUACCCAACAACCUUUUCCGUUUUGUGCCCUUAACGCACUUGGACCUGCGUGGGAAUAGGCUGAAACUUCUGCCCUACGUGGGGCUGUUGCAGCACAUGGAUAAAGUUGUGGAGUUACAGCUGGAGGAAAACCCCUGGAACUGCUCCUGCGAGUUGAUCUCUCUCAAGGAUUGGCUGGACAGCAUUUCCUACUCAGCCCUAGUUGGGGAUGUGGUUUGUGAGACCCCCUUCCGCUUGCAUGGCCGGGACUUGGACGAGGUGUCCAAGCAAGAACUUUGCCCAAGGAAACUUAUUUCAGACUACGAGAUGAGGCCACAGACUCCUUUGAGCACCACGGGGUAUUUACACACCACUCCAGCCUCAGUGAACUCUGUGGCCACUUCUUCCUCUGCUGUUUACAAACCCCCAUUGAGGCCCCCAAAGGGAACUCGCCAACCCAACAAGCCCAGGGUGCGCCCCACCUCUAGGCAGCCCUCCAAGGACUUGGGCUACAGCAACUAUGGCCCCAGCAUCGCCUACCAGACCAAAUCUCCGGUGCCUUUGGAGUGUCCCACCGCCUGCACUUGCAACCUGCAAAUUUCGGAUCUGGGCCUCAAUGUCAACUGCCAGGAGCGCAAGAUUGAGAGCAUUGCUGAGCUACAACCCAAGCCCUACAACCCCAAGAAGAUGUAUCUGACUGAGAACUACAUAGCCAUGGUGCGCAGGAGCGACUUCUUGGAAGCUACUGGGCUGGACCUCCUUCAUCUGGGCAACAACCGCAUCUCCAUGAUCCAGGACCGCGCCUUUGGCGACCUCACCAACCUCAGGCGCCUUUACCUAAAUGGUAACAGGAUCGAGAGGCUGAGCCCGGAGCUGUUCUAUGGCCUGCAGAGUCUGCAGUAUCUCUUCCUCCAGUACAAUCUCAUUCGCGAGAUUCAGUCUGGAACCUUCGAUCCUGUCCCAAACCUCCAGCUGCUAUUUCUGAACAACAAUCUCCUGCAGGCCAUGCCCUCGGGUGUCUUUGCAGGCUUGACCCUGCUCAGGCUCAACCUGAGGAGUAACCAUUUCACCUCCCUGCCUGUGAGUGGAGUCUUGGACCAGCUGAAGGCCCUCAUCCAAAUCGACCUACACGACAACCCCUGGGAUUGCACCUGCGACGUGGUGGGCAUGAAGCUGUGGGUGGAGCAGCUCAAAAUGGGGGUGCUGGUGGACGAGGUCAUCUGCAAGGCGCCCAAGAAGUUCGCAGAGACCGACAUGCGCGUCAUUAAGUCGGAGCAGCUGUGCCCAGACUACUCUGAUGUGGUGGUGUCCACGCCCACACCCUCCUCCAUCCAGCUUCCCGCCAGGACCAGCGCGGUGACCCCCUCCGUGACCCUCAACAGCACCGGGGCCCCCGCGGGCCUGGGCGCGGGCGCGUCGUCGGUGCCCCUGUCGGUGCUGAUCCUCAGCCUGCUGCUGGUCUUCAUCAUGUCCGUCUUCGUGGCCGCCGGGCUCUUUGUGCUGGUGAUGAAGCGCCGCAAAAAGAACCAGAGCGACCACACCAGCACCAACAAUUCCGACGUGAGCUCCUUCAACAUGCAAUACAGCGUGUAUGGCGGCGGCGGGGGCGGGGCCGGGGGCGGGGGCGGGGCCGGGGGUGCGGGCAGCCACCCGCACGCGCACGUGCACCACCGCGGGCCCGCGCUGCCCAAGGUGAAAACGCCCGCGGGCCAUGUGUACGAGUACAUCCCCCACCCGCUGGGCCACAUGUGCAAAAAUCCCAUCUACCGUUCGCGGGAGGGCAACUCGGUGGAGGAUUACAAAGACCUGCACGAGCUCAAGGUCACCUACAGCGGCAACCACCACCUGCAGCAGCAGCCGCCACAGCCGCCACCGCAGCCACAGCCCCAGCAGCAGCCCCCGCCGCAGCUGCAGCUGCAGCCGGGGGAGGAGGACCGGCGGGAAGGCCACCACUUGCGGAGCCCCGCCUAUAGCGUCAGUACCAUCGAGCCUCGGGAGGACCUUCUGUCGCCGGUGCAGGACGCCGACCGUUUUUACAGGGGUAUUUUAGAACCAGACAAACACUGUUCCACUACCCCAGCUGGCAACAGCCUCCCGGAAUAUCCCAAAUUCCCGUGCAGCCCCGCUGCCUACACUUUCUCCCCCAACUAUGACCUGAGACGCCCCCAUCAGUAUUUGCACCCGGGGGCCGGGGACAGCAGGCUGCGGGAACCGGUGCUCUACAGCCCCCCCAGUGCUGUCUUUGUAGAACCCAACCGGAACGAAUAUUUGGAAUUAAAAGCAAAACUAAACGUUGAGCCGGACUACCUCGAAGUGCUGGAAAAACAGACCACAUUUAGCCAGUUCUGAAAGCAAAGAAACUCCCUUGGAGCUUUCGCAUUUCAAACAAAACAAGCAAGCAGACACACGGUGAACACAUUUGAUUAAUUGUGUUGUUUCAGCGUUUAGGGUGAAGUGCCUUGGCACGAGAUUCUCAGCUUCGGCAGAACAUACUGAAAGGGUGUGCAAUUUCCUUUUAAUUUUACACGUGGGAAACAUUUGUGUAAACCGGGCACAUCACUUUCUCUUACGUGUGGGGGAGGAGAGAAGAAGGGCUUUAUGGAGGGCAAUUUGCUGUGACUAGUCACAGGCAUUUCUGUAGUGGUUGGAAGUGCUAAGAAUGGUGCAAGAAAGCUGCACAUAAUUUAACUCUUCCUCUUUUCUCCCUCCCCCCUGUCCCUUUCUCCCCUUUAAACCAUGGGUGGGUCUAAAAGGCUUUAGUGGAGAGUAGCACACCCCAACUUUAAUAAAAAGUCUGUUCUCUCUCUUCCUCCUUCCCUCCCUCCUUUCCUUCCUUCACCUCCCUGCCCCCAACCUUCCUAUCCCCAGUCUUCCUUUCUCAGCAUCCCACCUCUGUCAUUCCUCUUUCUUUCCUUUUCAAGAAUGUGUUUAUAUGCAUUCUGGACAUUUGAACAAAAAACAAAAGUAUUGUGAUCUUGUAAAGGAUCACUAUAGAUGUGGACAAAUCAUUAAAUUACAGAGUUAUAUGAUCCAUAAUUGAUUAGUCAAAAUAACUUAUUGAUGAAAUAUACAAAUAUUUUAUUGUAGCACCUAUUUUUAUAUGCACAUUUAGCAUUUCUCUUUCCUUCACUGUUUAGCCUAUGAUUUUUCACAGAGGUGUUGCACUGUAUUAAGAGAUGCAUUUCCGAAACAAGUGAUAUCAGGAAGGUAUUUGAAAUCAUCAAAAACAAUAAGGAGAAUUUAGUGGCAAAUUUUUAGAGCCAAAUGCAACCCAUCCAGUUGAAUCUGUAAUUUAAAAAAUGCCUGAUUGCAUCCCACUGUUUAAAAGAAAAUAAGUAGGGCAAUUAAUUGGGCCAUAUCAGUGAGAAUCAUGUGCAAGUUUUGGGUUUUACUAGAAAGGAUUUCAAAGUAAAAGUAUUUUUAUUAGUCAACCAAAAUGAUGUAUUGAUUUGACUACUAUUGUAGCCGAUUUUUGACUGUUUAACCAAACCCAGUCGCAUUUGUACAGAUCCACGUGUACUGGCACCUCAGAAGACCAAAUGAUGGACUGUACAAAUCUAUACACAAUGUCUUUAUCCCUCUGGGCAGAAGCAAUGAUGAUAACCACAAGCAGGAUCUCUGUAAGAUGGGGCUACUGUUGUUACAGUCUCAUAAUGUAUCCCAGCACAUGUAAUUUUUUAAAUAGUUUCUGAAUAAACACUUGAUAACUAUGUCAAAUAUGAGGGAUUGAAGUAAUGAUUACUUAAAGUGCAAAAUAAUUAUGUCUGACUGAGUGAAUUUUCAUUAUUAACUAUUUGAGACAUAGUAGAAACUUUCAUUCCUAAUAGAAAACAAAAUCCCUAAUUAUCAAGUUCAGAAAAAAUAUAUAUAUAUACAUAUAACUAUUUGGUUGUUCAUUCAUGGAACUGUUUUCCUAAAUGUGUCAUUUAAUGUGUUUAUUAAUGAAAUUUCAAUUGUAUACUUGGUUUCCUUACUGAAGUAUUCAUCUAAUACAUGGAGCAUGGUAAGUAA